CACCGCUCCAUCGGGGACGCGCACUGUGCCUUGCAGUGCCCGCGCACGCCUUGUAGACACGCCCCCUCCACGUCACCAGACAGGCCGGGGCAGACAUGGCGGAGCGGAGGAGACACAAGAAGCGGAUCCAGGAGGUAGGUGAGCCGACCAAAGAUGAAAAAGCAAUUGCUAAGUACCUGCGUUUCAACUGCCCAUCAAAGUCUACCAACAUGAUGGGGCACAGAGUUGACUACUUUGUUGCUUCCAAAGCGGUGGACUGUCUUCUUGAUUCUAAAUGGGCAAAAGCGAAGAAAGGAGAAGAGGCCUUGUUUACGAACCGGGAGUCCGUAGUUGACUUUUGCAACAAGCUUCUUAAGAAACAGUUCUUUCACCGUGCAUUAAAAGUGGUGAAAAUGAAGCCAGACAAAGACCCGAAGAAGGAGAAAGAGAAGGGCAAAAAUGACAGUGCUAAAGAAGAUGAGAAAAAGAGUAAAAAAGAUACUUCUAAGGAGGAUAAAGCCAAGAAGGAUAAAGAGAAGAAAAAGGAAGCGGAGAAAGAAGAAAGCAAAAAGGAUGAGACUCCUGGGACUCCUAAGAAAAAGGAAACCAAGAGAAAGUUUAAGCUUGAGCCACAUGAAGAUCAGGUUUUCCUGGAUGGCAAUGAGGUGUAUGUGUGGAUAUAUGACCCAGUCCAUUUUAAAACCUUCGCUAUGGGCCUCAUCCUUGUAAUCGCUGUGAUCGCCGCCACCCUCUUUCCUCUUUGGCCUGCGGAAAUGCGUGUUGGAGUUUAUUAUCUCAGUGUGGGAGCAGGUUGUUUUGUGGCCAGUAUUCUUCUUCUUGCUGUCGCUCGAUGCAUUCUGUUCCUUAUCAUUUGGCUCCUGACUGGAGGAAGACACCACUUCUGGUUCCUUCCUAACCUGACGGCGGAUGUUGGCUUCAUCGACUCUUUCCGACCACUAUAUACUCACGAGUACAAGGGACCAAAGAACGAGCAGAAGAAAGAUGAAAAGCAAGAGUCGAAAAAGCCACUAAAGUCUGACAGUGAAGAUAAAUCUGACAGCGAGAAAAAGGAAGACGAGGAGGCUAAGGUAGCUGAGGCAGCAGAAGGAUCGGGCACUGAAGGCUCAGGUCCAGAAAGGCAGUCAGACACAGACAGUGACAGGCGAGAGGAUGAAGGCUCACAGCACAGUAGUGGCAACGGCAAUGAUUUUGAAAUGAUCACAAAAGAGGAACUUGAGCAGCAGACAGAUGAAGGAGACUGUGAGGAAGAAGAGCAGGAAGCGACAGCCGAGACAGAACCUCUGCGUGAAACAUCUUAAUGCAGUGGCAGGGCUGUAGGACUGAUUUAUGUGCAUACGAAAGGAUUUUUCUGUGGAGUGAUCACCAAAACAUUCACACAUCUCUUCUGUCUUCUAUCAGAUAUGCAGGGUGGAUAGGGAUCAUCAAAUUCACCACACAGAUAGCAUUCUAGCUUCAAACAUGAUCUUAAAGUUCUUUUUGAAUUUCCUUUUAUCUGUAAAAAAGACCAAAAUGCAAGGGUCUUCAGCUCCUGCCUGCUCUUAGUGCACUUUCAUAUAUGAGCCACUGGGUUAGAUGACGCUUUUUUUGACCUCUGCAUGCCGCGCUAAUGCAUAAUGGUCGGUCUACUGCAUGAAAUGCAAUACGGUCUCUUCAUUUCAGGAAGUGUUAGGGGGAAAAACCUCAGCAGCUCUCUAUUGUAGCAAAGUAUUUAAUGAUUAAUAUAUUUUUUAAGAGGUACUCUCUUUUAUCUAUGCUUGGUCAUGUCAGCGUGUACUCGGCACUUGGCAUUAAAGUGCUAUUCCAUCAUCGCCAAAACUGGAGAUUUUUCUAUUUUUUUUCCUUUGAAUUUGAUGAUCCCUAUUUACAUAUUCCUAAUCCGUCUGUCCCUUUUUAUGUAUAUUAAAGUUUAGAUUUUUUUAAUACAACAUGUAACUAUUGUUGACAACCCCUCCUAUGUAACAGUUGAGCUCGCCAAUCUUUGCAUUUGUUUUAAAGCGCAAAAAAAAAAUACCAUCUCACUUUUAUUAAUAGUAUAGUGGAAACAAUCAGUAUGCAGACAACUAUGUACUAGAACUGUCCAACAGAAUGGUGCUUUCAAAUUUUAGAUACUUUAUUCACAUAAGUAAUGCAGGCGUUCAGCAUGGUCAAGCAGCGGGAGCAUCUCCCAUCUAUGGUAUUGUGCCUGUUAAAGUAUAAUACUGUCCAUAAUGCAAAUCUUAGUUUCGGUAAGACUACAGAACCAGUCCACUGACAGCAAUGACAGGCCGUUGUCUGAAUAAUAAAGGGGUUGUAUCAUGCAAAAUCAGAAAGACAUUUUUUAUUUUUAGCAUUUUCAUAAAUACCAACCAAGAAACUUCUGAUGGCAGAAGAAAUAUAGGUGUUUUUAUGAUACAUCCCCUUUAAGUGUCUCCCUGUGAUAUUACAUACUCUAGUAAUGUGUGGGAGGAGACCAUUUGAAAAGGACUUUCAUCUAAGGCCCCUCUCCCAUGUCAAUGAGUCAUGGACUUGUGUAGUCCGUGUUCUCCACUGACACCACAUCUACCUAUUGACUUUAAUGUGGUUUCCCAUGGACCGUGGGUCCAUGGUGAUACCACAUAAGCAUUUAUGGAUCCCCCAUCCACGUUAUAGUCUUGAUUAUUUUAAGCUCUGUGCACACUGACAGCAUGACUACUGUUUUUACAGGACCUAUGAUGAAUCUGCUGUGAUCCAGCAGGGUACUUUUAUUCUGUUGACUACAUCUGCUUUUUUACUAAGUAGAUCAUAGGCUACACCAGGCAUGUCCAAACUGCGGCCCUCCAGCUGUUGCAAAACUACAACUCCCAGCAUGCCUGGAUAGCUUACAGCUAUUAGGGCAUACUGGGAGUUGUCGUUUUGCAACAGCUGGAGGGCCGCAGUUUGGACAUGCCUGGGCUACACUAUUCUGACCUACUAAAGAAACCUGACAGGAGUGUGAACAGAGCCUUAAACCUGGAUGUCUAACAUUUCCCAUUUCUUUUAACAUGUGUUGCAUUUUUGUGCAGCCCAUACAAAGUAGCUGAUGCCAUUGGCACAGCAUGUCUAAUGCAUUUGGAGGCUUUCUGCCAAACGUGGAAGUUGGACAGUCUUGGUAUCUAAUUUAGGUAACUGCCAGUUUUUCAGCCUAAAUCCUCUCCUUUACUUGAGACCAAACUGAAUACUGUCUUUAUUUUCUCUCCUGCCAGCCGGCUAAUGUUUUCUUGCACCUUUGGAGUAAUAGGGGUGCACUUGCUGUUUUACACAUGUUCACUUUUUUAGAAAACUGUGGGUUUUUUUUUUUUCGUUUUUUUUUCUUGUCUUUUAUGGUCUUUUACGUCAGUCACUUGAGCAGAUAAUAUGCAUUUGCUGAAGAGUUGGGCAGUUCUCUGUUCCUUACUCCUAAUAUAAAUGCCUAUAAUUUAGUAUAUGUAGCUCUUAUUUGUGUAAAUGAACGUCACCAAGCAGGCCCAGAUUGGGGGUGCGGGGCUUCCUUUUACGAAACAUUAACUGUAGACUCUAAGACGUGAGAAUCGUUAUGAUGUAUGUGUACAAGUCUGCGCACCUAUUGAGGCACCGUUCUGAAAUGUAUAGUCCUGUAAAAGCAAAAAUACAAAAAAAAACUGCAGUGCAAACAUUCAAGUUGGUUGUGAUUCAAUAAACUGUAAUAUUGGU